UGCAUUUCAGCAUGGUAACGUGACUUCACGAGGAGGUUUCAGUGUCCACCCAACUCCCCCAGGCUGUCCUUUUGGGUGAGCGAGAUGCAAGCCAGGGGGGUGGGACGAUAGGGGAGUAUUUGUGCAUGCCCACCUAAUCCCACACAAAUGGAGACUGCAGCUCCACGACUGGCGGGAGUCGACAAUCGUCUGCCAGCGCGCGUUUACCGCGUGCAGUGCUCAGUUCUCCUUUGACGUUCCUGAACGGGGUUGUUAUUCUGUUCAAAUACCCGGGGUCGUCCGUGUGUGUGUGUGUAUGUGUUUUGUUGGUUAGCAGUGAGUGCAUGUAUCUGUGUGUGUGUGUGUGUGCACACAGGCAAAAGUGAACUCAUUGCACUAUAUUUCAACGUUCGGUUGCAGCUGUAAGGCUUUUCGGGUUUAUACGACACAUCUGUCCGCCCCCAACAUCCAUUGCUCUCUGACAACGUUUUUCUGCUAGAAAUUUCGGUGACAGCAACGUAUAACUGUUUUGGGAAGAACAGAUUUCCCUUUCUUCUGUUUCUUUUCCCCCCAAGAAAGGGCGUGGACGAGGCUAAACAAUGUUGCGCAGUUGAUGCCAUCAGCGCUUUGCAUCGCAGCGAGAAGGAGCACGCACGAAGUAGAAUCGAGUUUGUUGUUGUGUAUUAUAUUGCGCUCUUCGUAGCAGCCGAGGAUGGAGAUUCAUCGACAACCCAGAGAAAGCAAACGGAAACGUUUCAAGCCGUGGGAGAACCUUCGGCGCAUGUUCCAGCGCAAGAAUUCCACAGCCAGCGAACACCGUCAUCCGGCGCCUUCGCCUCCGCCCAAAGGUCAGAGUUCCAGCACUUCGAGACUGAGCGGCGUUUUCGGCCUGGCCGGCGGCUCGUCGCGUAGUCGUUCGACCAGCGAGUUGCUAACGACCGAACCGCAACCCAUCCCCGCAAGUGGCCACAAUUGCACGGCAACGAAAAACCGAACGGCAUCGGUGGCCGGGUCCCUAGGCGCCGGUUUGAGCGUUUCACAUGACUCCGUCUUUGGGCUGGACAUUUCUCCGGAAUCCGAUGCUUAUUUUACCCAGCACCGGAAUCAACCGGCUGCCGAAAGUCUUCCGUCAUCCGCCUCACUUCAAUACAUGAGCGAGCUGAGAGCAGCCAUUGGUGGAAGACAUCGUUCAGCCGAAGAUGAUGAAGGUCUACCUCGUUCGCCCGUCAAUGCAACGCCCACGACGGCCCAGGUCCUUGUCGACUAUUCGAUUCACAACAACACGGCGCACAGCGGCGGGGGAAGUGACCCGUCGUUGCUGAGCAUCAACAGCUGUGAGCUGGACGAGGCGCCAUUUGUCAGUCUACGUAAUCAGCAGCAACAACAAGCGCAGCCUCAGCAACAGUCGGCCAAAGUUUUUCAGAGGGCCGGCACCACAGGAAACAUUACUGAAGGUCGGGUGGAUGGCGGAGAUGACGGAUUACUAGGAAUGGCGGUCGCGUUAAACCAUAGCGCCGCACGACAUAAAAUAUCCAUCAGACCUAAAAGAAAUCACGCUCCCGCUAGACCUCGUCAGCUGCCACAGUUGGCGGAAGGUCCGAUCGAAGACGAUUUGGCAUGGACAAGUCAUCCUUCGGGAGACGCGGUUCAGCCACAUCCAUCGGUGCCUGAACGCAAGAGUCGUAUCGGUAGAUUAUUGAGAUCGGAACCUGUUUCCGGAUCGUCCUACAAGCAGCGCUCCAUUUCUCUAUCGCGAACGGAAGAAAGUGCCAUUCGAGAGGCCCCCGUUUGUGCGCCUUCGGCUGUUAGCGGCCAUGUCGAUCCCAACAGCAGCAGCACUAAGCCAUCGGCUGGAUCUUCGUCGGUCAAACUUGCCCGGAGCAAGUCCAGCGUCGAGAAGAAGAUCCAGCACGAAGUGGCCGUCUUUUGGCGACGUACCAAAGAGGGCAAACUCUUUCAGAGGAGAGAGAACCCGGAAAAAGAAGUGCCAGCCAAUGCUGAUCAGGGUGGAUCGAAAGCGGUCCAGCAACAAGCGGAACCGGCCGAAGGGAAACGGAAAGAUUUGCGAAAGAUCAAACGAGACAAAGAGGAGAAGAGGAAAAGGAGCGAUGUCAGUGCCAAUAAAGAGGACUCGUCCCCGCCGUUCCUUUCCAGGAUUUUCGGUUCGCGGAGGAGCAGCCGCCGCCUGCGUAAAAAGAAUCCGCCUUCCCCCGUGCCGUCCCACAUACCCGAAAGUCGCACACCUUCGCCAGCGGCCGUCCCGUCGGAACCGCUGCCCGUUCCCAAGCCGAGAACCGUUUUUCCAAACCUUGACGACGAUGAAGAAAUGGAGAUUGAUUGGACCAUCCCUAAUCAGCCUUACAGCUACGCUCCGCCUCCCAGCCGGUCCGUCCCUGCCACGCAAUCGAACCGUUUGGUUGAAAAAUGGGCCGAAACGGAUUUUCAAGUGCGAGCCCCCGUGGCAUCGCCUAAAGCCAGCCGGACGGAAGAGAGUCUGAAAAUGUCGCCUACUCCUACUCGUCAUCAUCGCAUCCACAUUGCCGGAUUGUCGCCUUAUCAACGUCGAGUGGCGCGCAUCGGCAACGGCCUGGAAAUAUCGGAUGAUGAAUGGGACACACAGGAACCGACCAUCUCGCCCACGCGUUCCUAUCAUUUCCGGGCCGACGAGAAAGAUUCGGAACGAAAGUCUGGCCUAUCUCUCAAUUUGGAGAACUCUAUGAAGAGCCUUCCGGUGAACAUCAAUCAAGAAUUCACGUUGAAGAAAGCCUCGCCCGUCCUAAAGCCGCCACCGUCUGAGACGGUGGCCGGCGAAAACCUGCGCCGUUCGUUUGAAAUCCUCAAGUUUUCGAACGAAGGUUUGAAGAAAACGAUCCACAGUUUCAAUCCGAAGCGGAUUAGCCAAUCGUCCGAUCAGCUUCAUUUGUCUGACGCUAGCGGCCAGCGCGAAUCGUCCGGAAGCCUUUCGAAUUCGACGAGUAGUCUGAACAUCUCGGACGGCGACGACGCGGCCGACACGAAUGGAUCCAUGAACAGCGUGUCUGUUCAAUCGACGGAAGAGAAAGACGUACGAGACGACGUGCUCAUUGUCAACGAUCACAAAGAGAUAAUUCAACAUCAUCCAGACUGGGCGGAUUACAAACCCGAUGCGGAGGAGGAACGCGAACGCGCAUUGUCUGCGGAUCGUGUACCUAAUAAUACGACGACAGCUGAUCCCUCGUCUAGUCAUCCGGCCAAUGUUUCGGAAUCAGUGCGCAACGACGAGCCGAUGGAAACAAGACCAGUCAUCCAUCCGUGCGGAUCGAACGCGUUGCAAGAGACUGAGAUCCGCCUGAAGGCGCCAUCGCCGGAGGAGCCGCCAAAGCCUUGUAAACACAAGUCGUGGGAGAAUCGUCAGUUGGCGGCUGCGGCCGAAACGCCCGCCAUGUUCUCCAUGUCGGUACGAGUUCAAAAUCCGCCGGAUGCGAAAUACAAGCGCAGUGUGAGCACCCCGAAUAGCGAGGCUUCUCCGUCUGUUCAUCAGAGUAUCCCUCCUGAAAUUGCGGCUGUUCGCAAACUGUCUGAAACGUUUCAACCGGCCAGACCUUUCAUCAUGUCCGUGCGGAUGGGUGGCGUCGAUGGCGAAGGAAUUCCGGCGUCCCUCCCACCGCAACAGCUGAUGGCCAAAUUGUCGGCGCGUCCGUGGCAAACGAAGGAGGAGAAAGAUCGCCAGAACAAAGUGGCUCUGGUCAGAAGUCAACACGUUGAAUCGGAGCCGCCCGAUGCCGUCAGACCGGAAGAAUUGGAAAGCGCCACGCCAGUCGAACCGGUUAAAUUGCGUCCGAAAACGCCCGCCAAGGAAGAGACGUCUGAAUUGUUGAAAGUUUUCGCUCGCCGAUCGGUGAAAGUCAGGGACAGCAAGGACUUGACGGAUGCGCUGGAAAGCAGUGCCGAAGCGAGAAAUGAAAUUUUGAGCGGAUCGAUACCGCCCUGCAGACCGUCCCAGAUGGAAUGCGUCACCAAGGAUGAUAGUCCUGUUCCUCCCGCUGAUGUUAUUGGCCAGUCAGUCGAAAAAGUGGAUCUCUCUAAAGAAAAGAUGCCGUUGAAAAAGAUUGCUAAACCUCCUGUAGCCAUCCGGACGACGAUAGGAGAAAAGCCCGCCACGAUCGAGCCUCCUACCGAUCGCUUUUUGAAAUCGUCCGCUAGGGUUCAACCUUUCUUCCGGCCUGCGGUUCAAGAAUCCACUUCUACCACCGAUCCGAAUUCGCUUCCUAGUAUCCGUCCGUUUGCUCCGCUCUUCAUUCGCCAUCCGGCCGAUGACAAGAACUCGAGCGAUCCGGCGGAAAAAAGCUCAAAGAGCUGCAGUCCGAUUAGCCCGUCUCAGACUGACCCGGUCUUUGAAGAAUGCGGCAGUGACACUAACCGGAUUAUCGAAACUAGCACCAUGUCCCCGGAUGAAACGGGUUGGAAAAAGCACCAACCAAAAUCGCGAACGUCUGACCGGUUCUUAUCCUCCCACAGAUUCGCUGCUAAAACCAUCGAUGAGGAGGUGAAGGCAGCGACUGCGGUUCCACCUACCAGGCAAUCUAAAGUGCUUGACAUGGUCAAUAAUUUUCAACGUUUGCAAGUUACGUGAGUAAUCCGGAAGAA